AUGACAGAAAGCCGGAGUACGAACCUGUCACCUAUAGAGGUCCAAGAUGUGGAAUUUCAUAUUGAUGCUCAAUCGCAUUCUCCCAGUUCCAUAUUGCCAAAUGAACCUAUUAAGCUUGAUAUAGAGCAUGCCGUGGUCGAGGAUGAUCCUCGAAUAUGGUCAAACACGAAGAAGACUGCCAUAUUGUUCAUUAUAUCUGGUGCCUCAGUGAUUUCGGGUUUGGGGUCUAACAUACAAAACCCCGCCAAUGCUCAAAUCAAGCAGCAGCUACACGCCAGCAGCGGAGAUAUCAGUCUGAGUAUAUCUCUGUUCAUUCUGGUUCAAGGCAAUUUUCCUAUCAUUUGGAGUGCGAUUAGCGAGAUAAAGGGCCGCAAGCUCGUGUACCUUCUAUCCAUUGGGCUUUUCAUAAUUGGAUCUGCAAUCGUGGCUGUGUCAAGGACUAUUGGUUUGAUGAUUGGCAUGCGAAUCAUGCAAGCCGCAGGGUCAAGCGCAAUUUUCGGUAUGGGAACUGCCACUCUGGCCGAUAUAUACGAACCACAUCAACGAGGUACAAUGAUGGGUGUCUACUAUUCUGCACCUCUCCUCGGUCCCUCGUUAGGACCAAUCUUUGGUGGUGCACUCACACAGGGCCUUAGCUGGCGGGCAGUUUUCUGGUUCUUGGUCAUCUGGGGAGGUAUAAUCUUCUCGGCAUUUCUUGUCUUGUUCAAGGAUACCUUCAGGAAGGAAAGGAGUGUGGUUUACCAGAACAUAUUAAAUUCGAGACUCCGAAAAAAGCAGUCGUCGGAAGCGACGGACGAGUCGCAAAACAUUUCGAAAUCAAAAGUGGGUGGAGAAAACAAGACGACAUCGAAAGAUAUCGAAGCACAGCGGCCGGUAAUACCAUCAGCCAUUAAAGACAUGAAACUGUCCAUGGUUGAUGUCAACCCUUUCCCUCCAUACUUCUCUAUUGUCAGCCGCAAGAACAACCUGCUUAUCUUGAUAGCAUCAGGCGCCUUUAGUAUUGCGUAUACAUGCGCAAGAACAUUGUCAGUGUAUUAUGAUUAUGAUGCAUUGAAGACCGGCCUUGUUUUGCUUGUCUAUGGUGUCGGUAAGCGAAUUACAAGUAUUGGGAACACCUGCCUGACGCAUCUAUUUAUCGCAGGCUCCGUAGCUGGCAGCAUAUCGGGCGGUUAUUGGUCCGAUAGGACACUUGCUCGGCUAAAGGCUGAAAAUGGAGGGGUCAGCUUCCCAGAGAUGCGCCUCGAGAGCACGAAAAUCGCCAUGUUGUGGUCACCUCUGUCUGUGAUUGGAUACGCCUGGGUGUGCCAAGAACGAGUCCAUGUUGCCGCUGUGUGUGUGAUGCUGUUCCUCACUGGAUUUUUAUCUGUAUGGAUCUACGCAAGCACACUGGCAUACCUUGUCGAUGCAAACGCUGGUCGCUCAUCAAUGGCAGUAGCAGCAAAUAGUUCUUUCCGUGGUCUGUUUGCUUUUGUCGCUGCCGAGAUUGCGGUUCCUUUACAAGAUACUAUUGGUGACGGUGGUCUGUAUACUCUCUGGGCAGGUCUAAUGGUUGUCGUCGAGUGCAUGAUCCUGCUAGUGUUGUACAAAGGCAGGAGCUGGAGAGAAGCCAGUGUUGAGCGGGAGAAGCAGACACUGGAUGCCAAGUAAGGUUUAGACGAUCACACGUCCAACCGACCCUGAUUGAAUACUGAGGGGCAGGAAGUAAUAGAAAGGUCAGAAUUCGAUGACCGUAAGUAUCAGUAGCCUGGGGUAUUGCUGUAUAUGCAGAAUCGAUUUAAGCCGAUUAUC